CAAUCUCUUUGUGUCCUCAGAAGGUCUGUAGCCCUGACUAGGAUCUGUGAUCAUGAAGCUGUUUGCUUUGUUAGUAACACUCUUCCUGUUCUUCUCCAAGGCUUUGCACCAAGAUUAUCCAGUAUGGGUAACCUGUGGCCCAGACUACUUUCAGGUUAUAAUGGAUAGAGAUCUUUUUCGGAAUGGAAUACUUCUGAAUCCUGACCAGGUGACCCUGGGACAAGACUGCCAAGUAUCUACAGUCCUAGAAGACAAGUUUUUCUUCUUCUAUUCAGUCUUGCAUUGUGGGAUACAAAGAGAGAUGAAGUGGAAUAUGGUUAUUUUUCACAGUAUUCUUCACUGUCAUUCCUUAGAAAAUGUGGAUGGUGGCGCUCAUGACAUACCUCUGAAAUGUACACUUGAAGAGGAAACUCUGAAUCGUCCUGCUAUAGAGAAUUUUCCUCCCCCUUCAGUUGGCGUAUCUGGAAUGAAUGUUUCUGAUACACCUCCAUCUGCCUCAUGGACUCAGCAAGAUGUUGGGCCCAGGGAGGAGGGGGCAAGUGGUCAGCAGGAUCCAGGAGCAGCAGCCCUAGCUCGGCACACUUUCCCAGUUCCUACUUUGUCAGUGGCUUCCCCUGUGUCUUGGGGACAGGAAACUUGUCAUCAAGGCAGUAACUCUAUUCCCCCAUAUGCUGCCUCAGGAUUUCCAUGGUCUACUGGGUCCUGGGCUCUUGGCACAACUUACCCUCUGGGAAAUUAUAAAUAGAUGUUGAUACUUUUGUGAGCCUUUUCAAAGGCUUUGUCUUUCAAAGAUCCCUUAAAUAAAUAUAGGGCAUACUGUCCUUCAUAUGUUCAGACUC